AUUGGAUUCCUUAUAAGGAGAGCCGAGGACUCGCUCCUCGACUCCACCUCCCCUCACGCUAAGUGGAUGCCCUUUCCUCUACAUCUUUGAUAUUGUGUGAUUCUUUUUUCAUGAUGAUUCAUUCAGCAGUUUUGCAUCAGUCACCCAAGACGUCGUAUUUUCUCAAGCUCUUUCUCAAGAGAAGACUGAUUCCCGUCUUAUCCUGCUAAAGCUUUUCAAACACUGUACUUUAGUUUCUCUCUACACAGAAGACUUUGGAGGGCCGCACGAUCGGCCCGGGGGCUCCAGGGAUGAGCGCCGCAGCCGCGCCGGGGGCGGGCCAGGGAGCGGGGGGACUGGCCAACCUCAUGACCGGACGCAGCACGUUCGGCGGGAACAAGCGCCGCAGGACCACGUCGACGGGACCCGUCAUGAGCGAAGCCCAGGAGGGAAAGAUCAAAUUGGCGUUCUUCGUGGCCAUAGUGGGCGUCGUCCUCACUGUGCUCGGGGUUGGCACAGAGUUCUGGGUGGAGCUCGCACCAGCGAAGAAUUUCUACAACAAUCAGACAUGCCUGACGGCUCACUACGGUCUGUGGAAGGGCUGCACCAAGACGCUGUGGGUGGCUGACAUCGACCCGGACAGGGAGAGCUGUGGACCUGCUGAGCUGCCUGGAGAGUCAAACUGCACCUUCUUCAAGUUCUUCACCACGGGAGAAAACGCUGUGAUAUUUCAGAAGACAACGCAGAAGAAUCUGAACGUUGCUGCAGCCAUGUUGGCUCUUUUCAGCCUCUUCCUGAUGGUGAUGGGGGCCAUUUGCAUCACCAUGUCUCUCAGCAAAGAGAUCCUCUUCUUCCUGAAGCCGGCGUCUGUCUGCUUCGUUCUGUCAGGUGUUCUGGUGCUUCUCUCGCUCAUGGUUUUCCACCAGUCCGUUCUGGCGUUCCUGGCCAGCGACCACACGGUACCGCUGCACCACGAGCUGUCCUGGUCGGUGUCGUGUGUCGGCUGCGCGGGCGCCGUCCUCAUCGUCGGCGGGGUUCUCUUCCUGCUCCUGGCGCUGCCCUACAGCCCCUGGCAGAGGUGCCUCCCCCACAAGGACAGCAGCAGCUAGUGGGCCGAGGUGAUGGCGCACUUUUCCCGCCCCUCCUGAGACGAAGGAGGCUGCAGAGGGGCGGAAAGGCUUCCCAGACACGUCUGAGCACAAGGGAUGGCUUUUUCUGUUGACCUAGCGGAAUUACAGGCAUGUUGAUGAGACACCGAUGGAAGAAUCCACGGCGUUUAAUGUGCCUCGAUUUCUGAAUUUAGCGGAGACAACAUACCACUUACCAGACUGUUUCUUUAUUAUCGGUGAGGGAGGCUGUUGCCACGAGAGCCAUUUUCUUUGCCUGGUAAUUAGUGCAUUUAUGAUCCUAUAACAUUGUAGCAUCAGUAUGUUAUGCUCUAAAGCCCAAAUAUCAAAUUAAGCUGAACUGCACUUUUACUGCCAUAUAUGAUCCGGUGAUCCUGAUGCUCAGACGUGUGUGGGAAAGUCUCCUGUAUUGUCUUAUCAAUGAUUCUGCAGGGUUUGGAGGCAGUAUACUGUUUGUUCAUGGGGGGAAAUAAACUACUCAGCGAAGCAAUUUGCAUAAUGACAGCCUAUUACAUACUGACAAGUCGCUGGAAGUUCAAAAGUUGUUCUAAGUGUAACAUGCAACUAAACCCUGUCAGAAUUCUGACUGUGUAAAGGCUGGUCAGAGGCUUCACACGCAAAAAACUGAUCAUCAACAAUGAUAGCGUAAACCCUAAACAACAAAGUCUACCAGACUUCCCUGUUUUGUUUGAAACAGCCCCCCUUUUGCUCAGGUAAACAUUAUACAAGCUCAACACAAACAAACAAACAAAGCUUCCCCCUCUGAACAAACAGUACAUGGACCUCUAAUCUGAGAACCUCGUUUAAAAAGCUUGUUAAUUCUCAGUGUAGAAAAAAGGCUUUUGUUUGUCCUCUGGUGCCUCAACUCAUGCAGCGCUGCCUUUGAUUGUCUGCACUGAAUGUUUUGUUGAUGCUGGGUGUAUGGCGAGAUAGGCACUAAUUACAAAUACAUUAAUUGUAUAGUUUUAUGCAGCCCUGUCUCGUACAAAUGACAUUUAGAGACGAGUAAUUUAACACACAGGAAGCACUGGGUUUCUUUUUUUUUUGUAAUAACACAGUCGAAGCUAUAAUCUAUUCAGUGAAUAUUGUACCCGUGAAAUUGAAAGAAAUACACAUAAUAUCCACAGUAAGUUUAAUAAAACAACUAUUUUUUGGGGAAAUUGAAAUACUUGUUCCAACCAAGUUACCAAUUUAGUUGGACAACAGCAAAUGUCAUAUUUAGAGGGAAGGGCUUUCAUGUCACGGGGUUUUCAUGCUGCAAUGGUACAAAUUACAAAUGCACCAUCAUAUAUUUACUACGUCACGUGCAGCAGUAGUUAUACAAUCAUCACAAACAUUGCAAAGUGAGUCGUUCGUCAACAGAGUUUGUGCCUAAAGUUUGAAAUAAAGUAUAAGUUAGGAGCUGCAGAAACUGCCAUAGUUUCACUCUCGAUGUUGUUCCUGGAUGAUUUAUGUUAGAAGAAAGCGCUCCUUGGUGCCUGAAUGAAAGGUGAACCGUCU